GGAGACGGAGAGAUAGGGGGAGGUUGUGGGAGAGAGAGAGAGAGCUAUCUGCAUGACUGUACUUGAAGACGGGUCGCUGCUGCAGCGCCGAUACGGCGAAGGGCCCUUGUUAUAGCACGCCACAGCACUGAACACGACCCAGCCGGUCGCACAGCGCCCAGGUUUUCGCUUUCACGGGAAAAACCGUGUGUGUAAUGCGUCCUUCUUGCUGUGAUAUUUUUUGCGCUGUACUGCACCGGAUCGCGGUCUUCAUCGAAUGUUUUUAGUGGGAAAACGGGGUUUAUUGUAAUCACCAUCAUCAGGCCAGCGGAUGUGGAGAUACAGCGGGCUGUUUAUGGAACACCUACAGCCGGCGUGUUCUCGGCUGGACGUAGGAACAGCGGAUUACCCUCACUGACCGGUCAUAGGAGGGGGAACGGGAACUACGAUUCCGCUACGCAAGUCGAUCACGUUAUCGUCCCGUCUCAUGCACUUUCUGCCUGUCAUUCGUGCGUGUCUCUCGUUAUCAGUUCAUCUGUCUCAUUCAAGGACAAACAGAACGAGUUAAAACGGAGGGAGACCGGAAUCUGCAGAGAGGGAGAAAGCGGACCGGCUGAUCACCUGACCGAAUGAAUUCAUUUCAAGCUGUUAAGAACCGCUAUAUUCACGAGACACGCCGCAUUGGAAACGUUAUCGGCUAAAGCGGUCCGGAACACCGGCUUUCGGCUUCGACUCGCCGUGAAGCGACGGCCCUUUGAGCCGCCGCGGACUGUCGGAGCCCGGGACGACAUCUGCGUGGCAGGCGUUCCGGUUGGCCCCGAUCGCCACACUGAACCACGGUGACCUUGCACCGGGACUGCGAGACGGAUAGCACAACUGACAUCUGUCAUCGACGGGGAGUCAGAUUUCCCUGCGAGAAAUAGGUAAAUUAAUAAAUGGAAGUAUGUGGCGUGAAUUAUGCAUGACGGACCAUGAAUAAUGCAAUGUACAGUCGCACAAGAUCCUCGUGUAAACCCACGAGCUAAACCAAAUGACCUACUUUAGGUGGAAAUUCAGCGCGGACGCAAAUUAUUAUAAACAGCAUUUGUUUUGUUUUUCAGGAAGCACCUGCCAUACAGCACCUAGAGAGGCACUAUUAUUAGAGAGGCAGGCAAAUGCUUGCUGUGGUAUUUUUCCACGGCAUACAUUAGUACGGAACCAAAAGACAUGCAAUAGAGACUUGUACAGAGUGAGGAAGCAACUCAGGACUCAGACAAAAAGGAAAAGGAGCAAAGACGCCGUUAGCGCGCCUGGCACUGUCCGCGCUGAUUUUUGAUCGCUGCUCAGCGCUGAAGCUUUGCCGUGGGGGCUUCUGCACAUCAGGAUACAGAAGUUCAAACACUGUGUACAUUACUGCUGGAGUUCUGGACUUUGGUUUACAACCCAAAAAAGCUUCCAUCGUGUUCAAGCUGUUGGCUGUUGUGCACCCAGUAACCUCGUGUGAAACAGGACAAACACAUUGACACGUCAUUUUUUCUGCAUUGCUGUUUUUCUCGAGAUUAAUUUAUCUCAGAAGGACAUUCUAUCUGCUUAUGAUUAACUGGAAAUUGCUUCCUUUUCCUGAAUGGUCAGCAGAAUUCAGCAGCCAAAGGCUAAUGUCUGACCGAUCAACCAAUAAACCAAUCAGACAUUAUCAGCCUCAGCGGUGAAUUGCCUUGAGAUAUCAGUAAUAAAUGAAAAAUGGCAGAGCUGUAUUAAGCACAGCCACAAACAGCAGCUCAAGGGGGAGGCAUUGCUCAAAUCGCUGCAUGUUUAACCGGCCCCGCAGUCAGUCGGGCCCUCUCCACCCCCUUCAGCCAUGAUUUUGGGGUGUGGGCGACCGGCCCAGCCCCUCCUGAGGCACACGGAUGUCCCUCAGCGGGUUACGGAGAGCUUCAUCCUGUCAGGGUACCGUUUCCCCAACUACAGCCUGCGUGAAUGCCUGGCCUCCGCCUUCCGCCCCACCAACGAGACCGGAAACUUCUGGACUCACUUCCUGGCUGUCUUCGUCUUUGCCUUCCACUUCCUGGAGCUAUUUGCAUGGGACAGCACCCCCUCCUUCAGCGACCCCUUCUUCUACCCGCUGUGGAACUACUUCAUCGGGGUCUUCUGCCUGCUGAUGGCCAGCAGCCUGGCCCACCUUCUCAACUCCAUGUCGCUGCUGAUCCGGGAGAUCUGCUUCUUUGUGGAUUACGGCACCAUCAGCGCCUACACUGUGGGCUCGGCACUGGCCUACUUCUACUACAUCCACCCGCAAGCGGGGAUCGCCGGGGCAGGGUUCGCCAACGCCACCCAGCGAGGGCGGGGUGCCCCCGGCGGCCCGUCUCCCCAGUCUCUGGCCCUGCCUUCACCCCCCUCCCACCCGGAGUUCCACGUCUUCUUUGAGAGCUUCUACAUCCCCAGCGCCUGCCUGGUGGCGCUGAUCUGCACGCUGGCCUGCUGCAACACCCGGCAUCGCUGGCGACGCUACCGCUACGUCAUCCGCACCGCCGUUUUCCUGCUGCCCUUCGUGGUGGCUUCCACCCCGGUCUUCUACCGCCUGCUGCGCCCUUCCUCCUCCCCCUCCUCCUCCUCCUCCUCUUCCUCACAGGACAUGCUGGCACCGUACUUCUACCGCCACUGCUUCUGGCUGGCGGUGUCGGCGCUCUUCAACAUCAGUAAGUUCCCGGAGCGGCUGUCCCCAGGGAGCUUCGACGUGUGGGGCCACAGCCACCAGUGGUUCCACUGCUGCACCUUCCUGUCCAUCCUGGACGAGCUGCACAUGAUCAAGGCUGAGAUCCGGGCCCUGGGCCUGCACCCGGUGCUGGCCCUGCCGGCCCCGCCCUCCCGGCCCCACCCCCACAUCCCUGGCCCCACCCUCGGCUCCACGUACGGCGUGAUGUUCGCCCUGCAGGGCUGCAUUGCUGGCAUCAUCUCCUGGUUCGCCUGGAACGCCAGGGAGUCCCAGAAGGAGAGCUCCAAAUUGAACUGAUCGCAGGUCCCGGGCCUGCGUGGAGAUCCCAGCCACAUCCUGUCCUCACUUCCAGCUCCAUACAGCCAGUUUGCUCCCUCUGUCGGUCUGAGGGUGGAGAGGAGAACUGAGCCACCCCUCGAAAGCUUGCACGUGCUGAUGUGGAACAGAGCCAUAUGAAGAUGCCAUGCGCAUUAGCGUGAUCUUCGAAUUCUGUCUUUAAGGUAAAAAAGAUCUAAGCACCUUAGGCCCCUCUGGUAUUCAGGGUCUCUUUUCUUUCCAGCAGGCCUCUCCGCGGUCAGAAGUAAUAAAUGACCCUCUCUGAGACCUGCAGAAUGGAAGAGAAUUAAGAAUCAGGAGCCCAUGUGUCACAGAUGGAAGGAUGCUUCUGGCAAAAAAGAAAACAGGGAUACAUUGUUUUUCCCAAGUCCUUAUAUUCAGUAGGACAUGCUUAUGACUGUUUGAUCCAAAUACAGGUCUUGAGGUAUCUCUCCUUCCACUCAUCCUCCAAUCAAGGCACUGGGAUUUUCAACCUUUUUAGACUUAAUCAGCUGUCGCUAAUUAAUACAGUAAGAUAAAUAAAUAAGUAGGCAGAUAGGUAUGGUUAUAUAAGGAAAUUGUCUCUCUUGUUGGGUGGAGAUGACUAGCAGGCUAGUGGUACCUGUGUCUGAGGGAUUAGCUGUGCUGCUCUCUCUGUGGUCAGACUGUUGUGUGUGUCAUUAAUACACUGGAAAUGCUGUUGUUUGCUGAUGUGAUUGUUGUUAAUUUCCCUUCUUUGGUGUGCCAGUGUGUUUUCUUUUAGAUCCGUCUUCCUUUGAGUUUUUUUGCUUUCAGGGCAUUAGCCUGAAAUUUCAUGUACAAACCCAUUCUCCCUGGGCCAGCCACCCGCUCUCUCUCUCCCUCCCUCCGUCUCUCCCUCUCCCUGCCUUCAGGCUACGUCUUUCCCGCAUUCCCUUGUCUCUGUUCUCAGCCGGCUCAGUUCUCUCUGCUCUCUGCGUUAGGUUUACGUGAUGUUUAGGUGGCGUUUGUUACGGCAGAGCCCUCUCUGCCGCGGUGUCUUGGUAGAAGCAGAACACCUGGGAGGAGACGAGCCUGGUAACGCCAAACUCGCUGUUUUUGUGGAUGUGUUUAUCAUCCCGGCAGCAAGCCUGGACCCCUGCGUGACGUUACAGGAAUGUUGCAGGAACGCACUGCGUGUCAGACCGUAUUUGGCCUGGCUUUGACUGACACACUGAAGUGUGCUCUGACCCCCAGGUUAGGCUGCCCUGCUCUCUGUCUGCUAACUCUGAGGACUGAUCCAGGUUCUGACAUUGCUUGGCUGGUACGUCCUGUUAGUUUUUUUGUGAAAGGAAAUAAGUUGUGUGAUUAGGGUGUUUGUGAAAAUUACUCAAGCCUGUUAAAUCUUAUUUCUAGUCAUAGAUUAAUAGUACUGAUUAUUAUUGAACUGAAUCAAGUUCUUUAGUGACCCAUUUUAGAGCCAAGACCAAUCAAUAAACCACUUUAUCCUGAGGUAGCUGACUUUAAGGUCAGAAUUUUACAAAUACAUGUUCAAUAAACACCUUUAGUUGUAUCCUUCCGUUAGACAAAAGCCGCAGCAGCACACUGCUCUGCUCAAUGAUUUAAAGACAGCAGCUGUCAGGUGAUGUCAGAUCUGUCCAAUUAGCAGCCUUGGUGAAGCCCAACUGAGCAGAAGGACCUGGAAGGACUAUCAGCAGACAGUGUGCCCCAAGGGCCAGUGCUGGGGACGUCCGGCCCUCUGCAUUCAAGGGGAGUUUCCAAAACCAGCUGUUCAAACACACACAGUGAUGAUGUCAGUGUCACAUCAGUGACAUCACUGUCCUCCCCUCCUCCCUUCUGCCUCCCUCCAGUCCUCUGUCCUUUCAC